GGUUCGGAGGAUCGCACAGAACCCGGCUCCCCCUAGCCUGAGCAGCCUGGGGCCACUAUGGGCCGCUACCGCAUCCGCGUGGCCACCGGGGCCUCGCUCUACUCGGGGUCCCACAACCGCGUGCAGCUGUGGCUCGUCGGGGCGCGCGGGGAGGCGGAGCUGGAGCUGCAGCUGCGGCCGGCGCGGGGCCAGGUGGAGGAGUUCGAGCGCCACGUCGCCGAGGACCUGGGGCCGCUGCAGUUCGUGAAGCUGCGCAAACACCACUCCCUGGUGGACGACGCGUGGUUCUGCGACCGCAUCACCGUGCGGGGCCCGGGAGACAGCGCCGAGGCCGCCUUCCCGUGCUACCGCUGGGUGCAGGGCGAGGACGUGCUGAGCCUGCCCGAGGGCACCGCACGUCUGGCAGGGGACAAUGCAUUGGAUAUAUUCCAGAAGCAUCGAGAAAAGGAACUAAAGGAAAGACAACAAACAUAUUGCUGGGCCACCUGGAAGGAAGGGUUACCCCUGACAAUAGCUGCUGGCUCUACGGAGGAUCUACCUCCAAAUAUGAGAUUCCAUGAGGAGAAGAGGCUGGACUUUGAAUGGACACAGAAGGCAGGGACUCUGGAGACUAUCCUCAAGCGUGUUUAUACCCUUCUGAGCCCCUGGAACCGUCUGGAGGAUUUUGAUCAGAUCUUCUGGGGCCCGAAGAGUGCCCUAGCUGAGAUGGUCCAUCAGCGCUGGCAGGAUGAUGAGAUUUUCGGCUACCAGUUCCUCAACGGUGCCAACCCCAUGAUGUUGAGACGCUCCACCUCUCUGCCCUCCAGGCUGGUGCUGCCCCCUGGGAUGGAGGAACUUCGGACUCAGUUAGAGAAAGAACUCCAGCAAGGCUCCCUGUUUGAGGCUGACUUCAUCCUGCUCGAUGGAAUUCCAGCCAACGUGAUCCGAGGAGAGAAGCAGUACCUGGCAGCUCCUCUCGUGAUGCUGAAGAUGGAAUCUGAUGGGAAACUGCUACCCAUGGUCAUCCAGAUCCAGCCUCCCAGCCCUAGUCUCCCCAUCCCAGCACUGUUCCUGCCCUCAGACCCCCCACUUGCUUGGCUCCUGGCAAAGUGCUGGGUCCGAAAUUCAGAUUUUCAACUGCACCAGCUGCAUCAUCAUCUGCUGAGCACUCAUCUGCUGGCUGAGGUCAUUGCUGUCGCCACCAUGAGGUGCCUCCCAGAGAUGCACCCCAUCUUCAAGCUCCUGAUCCCGCACAUCCGCUACACCAUGGAAAUCAACACCAGGGCUCGGACACAACUCAUUUCAGAUGGAGGUAUAUUUGAUAAGGCAAUAAGCACAGGUGGAGGAGGCCAUGUGCAGCUGCUCCGUCGGGCCUUGGCUCAGCUAACCUACCGCUCCCUCUGUCCUCCUGAUAACCUGGCUGACCGGGGCCUGCUGGGAGUCCCAAGUGCUCUCUAUGCCCACGAUGCUUUACACCUCUGGGAGAUCAUUGCCCGGUACGUCGAGGGGAUCUGCCGUCUCUUCUACCCCGGGGAUGAUGUCGUGAGAGGGGACCCUGAGCUGCAGGCCUGGUGUCGGGAGAUCACUGAAGUGGGGCUAUGCCAGGCCCAGGACCGAGGUUUUCCCAUCUCCUUCCAGUCCCAGAAGCAACUCUGCCAUUUCCUUACCAUGUGUGUCUUCACAUGCACUGUCCAGCACUCGGCCGUCAACCAGGGUCAGCUGGACUGGUAUGCCUGGGUUCCUAAUGCCCCGUGCACAAUGCGGAUGCCCCCACCUACCACCAAAGAUGUGACCAUGGCCACAGUGAUGGGGUCACUACCUGAUGUCCAGCAGUCCUGUCUUCAAAUGACCAUCACGUGGCAUCUGGGUCGCCGCCAGCCAGACAUGGUGCCUCUGGGGCAUCACAAAGAAAAGUAUUUCUCAGGCCCCAAGGUCAAGGCUAUACUAAAGCAAUUGCAAAUGGAUUUGGAAAACCUCGAAAGGGAGAUCACAGCCCGGAAUAAGCAACUUGACAUACCCUAUGAAUACAUGAAGCCCAGCCACAUAGAGAACAGUGUCACUAUCUGAACCCUAAAGUGCUCCGACCUGGAAGACCUCAGAUCAGCUCUAGAAUUGACACUUUGAUCUUGAAUUUUUUGGUUUCCUAAUCUCUGCUGCUGUCGCUCUCUUUCCUCCCCCCCCCUCCCCCCUGACUAAACCACCUUUAUCAGCAUCCCGCUAGCCCAGGAGGCAGAAAUCCCUUUUGGCAAAGAGCCAGAUAAUAAAUACUUUAGGCUCUGUAGGCCACACAGUCUCUCAUAACUGCUCAACUCUCCUGCUAUAACGCAAAAGCAGCUACAGAAAAUAUGUAAAUUAAUGUUUCAAUAAAAAUUUAUUUAUGAUU